AUGUGUGACAGACGUGGCAGUACACGGCCCGGUGGUGAUGGCUACCUGAUCCAACACCGAGCACUUACACAAGCCUCUUUCUGUUGGCAGCAGCUGAGCACUGAGGGAGUGGGCGGCUUCCUCUCCUCUGACUGCCAGCAGGCUAGCAAGCAAGCUAACUGCAACCUAGCUGCCGUCCGUCGACUCCUAGCUGAGCAGCUAGCUGUCAGUCUGGCUACCCCUGCACUCGCUGUGCUACCGGCGGAAAACUGCGACUGCCAGAAGGAGGACAAACAAAUUAUGAGCAGUGACAGCUCGUACUACAACGCUGACAGGUCAACAGCACAGGAACUACAAAACUUGGACAUCCUUAAAGGAACUGACAUAACGAGUCAGACGGCUCCUUCAUGGCCGUGCUGCCACCCAGCGGACAAACGUUGUGAACAGGACUUGGGAGAUGCAGCAGCAGGUUUGCUAAAUGCAACAUCUCUGAUGAAAGUAAAGAAUCAUGGAGGGAAUCCACUUAGCAUUGACUCAAUUCAAGCUCAUGAUUUCUUGACUAAUUCUCGACCCAAGAGGAACAUUGAUCCAAAGUGGCACCGAGGCACUCCUGAUUUUCAGUCCUACUACCGCUUCUACAACAGCAUAGGGCACAUUGAAGGACUUUAUGAGAUUGACAGAAUCAGGAUGCUCUAUCAGCAGAUGCGUCACUUAGAAGUGACUUAUGGGCCAGAUGCCUCCAGUUACCAAAGUCUCCUUGGUGUACAGACAACCACCGCAGCACCAACUACUACCACCGUGCCCCCUCCACCUCCCACCACCCCUGCUCCUACACCAGACCCUCUAGAGCAUGCUCAGAGGAUCUAUCUGUGUAACCCCAAAGACCCGCUGUGCAAACCUCAGAUUGUCUACCUGCCAACAGGGGCUGUUCCAGUACUGUGCGAUCCACGACACAACCCCGCCUGCAGACCCAAAACAGAGGAGGAGAUAAAAGCUGCUGCUCCUCCACCAUCCCCAGCCCCUCCUGCUCCCAAAAAAACUGUUCCACCUCCACCACCCCCUGCUGCCACUGCUAAAGGUAUGGAGUAUGACUGCGACCCAUACUGGGAUCCUGAUUGCCUCAUCGACCACCCUCCCCACCCUAUCCAGGAAACAUCAGCGCCAGACGCACCAGCUGAAGAGAAAGUGGUGAAAGAGGAAGUAGCCAAAGCUGUGGAAAGUGUCGCCACAGCAGCCAUAGAGAAACCCCUCAACCCUUACUUUGACCCUUAUGAUUUCAAACGUGACCUUUUUGAUCCCCUCAGUUAUGCCGAUCCAGCUCCUGAGCAAGAGUAA